GCGCGAGUCGUGUCUCACGAGCGCUCCACCAUCUCGCGUCAUCUGGCCAAUUUGUACCGUUCUUUCUGUUUUCAUUAGCCACAAAAACAGGCGCUAUAUCGCGCCAAAUUACUCGCGCUGUAUGCGUCUCAAUUUGCGCCUUGCCUUAUGAUUUUGCACGUACAGGAGGGUUAAUGAGAAACAGAAAUAAUAGAAAUUCUGAUUUGUCACACCUUUUUAUAUACGAUACCGUUUGUGUGCAUCAAAGCAGUCAUAAUAGUUGACAGCAUAUUAAUUUAAAUAAAUUCGAAAGUUUACAAACUUGAAUAUAAAUUUUCACAGUGUAAAUAAAAAUCUGGUGCAUCAAAAAACCCUGCAGUAUUAUGAAUACCACAUUCGAGAGUAAUGGAAUCGCUAGUGAUGGUGAUCUUUGGAUUUUUGGAUAUGGAUCUCUUGUGUGGAAAGCAGAUUUUCCUUUUGAGGAAAAACGUACAGGCUAUAUCAAAGGGUUCCUGAGAAGAUUUUUCCAAAAUAGCGUCGAUCAUAGGGGAACAGAAGAACAGCCUGGUCGUGUUGUCACAUUAAUUAGGUCACAGAACCCCGAGUCUAAAGUGUGGGGAAUGGGAUAUCGCAUUGCUCGUCAUGACUCAGCUGAUGUGUUGCGGCAUUUGGAUGAUCGUGAAAAAAAUGGAUACGAUAGACACUGUGUGCGGUUUUAUCCUCAUUCUCCUAGUGGAACACAAACGAAUGAUGCAAAAGAUAUUAUCUUGUACGUAGCAUCACAAGAAAACCCCUCCUUCGCUGGGCAACGAGGCAAUUUGGAGGAAAUAGCGAAACAAAUUUCAACCGCAUCUGGCGCGAGCGGGAGCAACUCAGAAUAUGUGUACAAACUAGCGGAUGCCAUGAGACAAUUUUAUCCUGGUGAACAAGACGAACAUUUAUUUCAACUAGAACAAAUUGUUAAAUUAAUUGAUAAAGGUGAUAUUCAAAUGCAUCACACUGGGAUUCCCCUUUGUGAUAUAAAUCACAUUUGCCACGAUGGAUAAUGAAUGCAAAGCACAUUACAAUAAAUUCUGAUUUCUAAUGGAAUUGAGCAUGUCUUUAGGUUUUGUUUCGUCAUAAAUAAAUAUCGAUCAAAGAAAAA